AUGAAUCCUGCUACAGAGGGCCAAUUCUCUUUCAAUGUUGACACUUUCUACGUCGCCGCAUCUGGUGGACAGAUUCACCGGCGUGCGGCGCCCCCUGAGAUCAAAGCUCUGUACGACACAGGCAUAGACAGUACACCAGAUCAUCCAGGUCAUUGGUAUGAAGCACAGCUCCUUCAUUAUGGUCUUCCACCGUCGAAGGUCAAAGCGACCGCCAAGAUGAGGUUGUUGAAAGCCUUACAAGAUGGUGGCAUCAGUGUACCCAAAGAUAUCCUGCAGAUCGAAAAGAACCUGAAGAAGGCUUGGAAGAACCAGGAAGCAGAGAUUUCAGUUGCUGGAGGACAAGGAAAGUCAAGCACCAAGACUGUCAUAACAAAAACCGUCACAAAACAGUCUGUCACAACAAAAUCCGUGAUCACUAAGACAACCUCCACUUCAAAGCCCGUGGAGUCCAAAGCUACAUCAACCAAAAAAGCGGUGGCCAAAAAGGCUACUCCGACGAAGCCCCCUGCUGCGGUGAAAGCUACCCCUAAGGCUGCUGCUCCCAAGGCUGCUGCUCCCAAACAAGCUGCCACAAAGACCGCCGCAGCCCCGAAAACAACAGGUAAAGCAGCUCUUGUAAAGACCACGACGGCGAAAGCUCCGGCUGCCCCGAAACCUACCGUUAAAAAGGCUACUGCGGCCAAAGCCCCUGCCCCAAAGAAGGCGACGGCCCCCAAAGCCUCCGCGGCCAAAAUCACUGCUGCGAAAGCCGCAACACCCAAGACUACAACCGCCAAUAAGAAAAGGGCAAUCGGCGAUGUUGAGACAACGCAUCAGCCACAAAUUGCCAAGCGUCCUGCAUAUGGUGGGAUACAGGCGCAGAACAAUAUCAAUCUCCCAGUCAACAACUACUAUCAAUCACGCGAAUGGGGCGAGCCUGACAACGGGGAUGAGUUCGAAUCUGGGGAGAAUCGAAGGUACGGGUAUGACUCUGAAUACGAUGAUGCGCCUCCCCCAUACGACUCGCUUUACGAAGAAAUGGACUGGGAAUAG